UAUACCACUAUGUGUGUCCAUAUAUAUAUAUAUACACACACACACACAUACACAUAUAUACAGAUGGAGCAUACCCCUUUCCUAAGUGGCUAAAGGCAGCAAUUAUCGCGAUAUUCCGCACUAAAAAGUGAUCUCAUUCUUCACCCCCGGAAGUUAAAAAUGUUGUGCCCCGUUCAGAGCCCCACAAAGCAUGCGCAAAGCUGCCGAUGCGCAUCGGUGAACACACCUUGUAUUGGGCUGGUGUGGUCAUCCAAUCUGCACUGGCCUCACUUUGCAUGAAUACGCAUUGGCCGAUGCGCAAGACCUCGAUCCGGAAGGCCGCCCAGGUGUGGAUGAAUGUUGCGAUAUGACUCGAAUACGAAUCGUCAAAGCGUAUUCAGAGAGCGCGAGUGUGAAUGAAUGAUGCGUUAUAACGCGAAUACUCAUCGGCCAAUGCGAACGGACGCUCAAAAAGCCCCCGUGUGGUAAGGUCCUGAGACCGUGAACCGGUUGAACGAAACCUUCCGAGAUCUUCAGCUGAAGGCGAUGCAGCAUUCCUCGAAAGGGGAAUUCCUGGACCACAUCUGGUGCUUGCAGGAUAUACAGACUCUCGGUGGAGGGGAACAGCCGCCGCCUCCCACGUGGAGCGCCUGAGUGACCAGUUGACCGAAGUGGGAGGCGAGGUGGGCAGCAUGAACCGGACUCUGUCCUACGACCUGGGCAUCCACCACACCCGUAUCCAGGACCUGCAGGUCUUGAUCAGCAAUGCCACCGUGGAUGUGCGGCAGAUGCACCUGGUCCACAUUGCCAUGGAGCAGCAGCUGAAGCAUGAGUUGGCCAUCUUAAACAAUGUCACCGAAAACCUGACGCUCAGAGACUGGGAGCCCUCUGUCACCUUGAGUAAUAGGAGAUGGAAUCCAUGUCUAAACAUGAAAUUCAUUAAUGUUCCAUGAGCCAGUAUGGUGGAUUGGUUUGAGCGCUGGACUAUGCUUUUGGAGAGCAGGGUUUGAACCCAGGGUUGGCCCUGGAAAACCCCACUGUGUGCCUUUGGCAAGUCGCACUCUCUCAGCCUCAGAGGAGGGCAAUUGCAACCUCCCUCUGAAGGCAUUAGUCAGGAAAACCUGUGGAAGGUUGUGUUAGAGUCACCAUAAGUUGGAAACAGCCUGAAGGCACACAGCAACAGCAAAAACGACAAUGUACGCUUUAUACACAUAGCCUGAAGGUGAAUUUAUCCAUAAAAUUUUUAACCAUGUUGUGCAUGAAACAAAGUUUGUGUACGCUGAACCAUCAGAAGGCAAAGGUGUCACUAUCUCAGCCACCCGUGUGGAUGAUUUUGGAUCUUAGAAAACUUCAAAUUUUGGAAUUCCAGAUAAGGGAGACGCAAACUGUACCCCUGAAGCUCUGAAUUAAUUGAGCGUCAUGUAGUUGGUCAAAAUAUCUCCUCUCUGCCGGGGACGGGUAUCUUUCUAAAUUAUGUUGCCCUAGCAAAUAAUGAAUAAUUUUAUCAUUCUUCUCCCUGUUGUGGGAAAGUCCUCAAAUCUAUGCAGUUUUCAAGGCUGUAUUUGUAGUAUGGAGCUGAUGGGUGUGGGCAUAUAUGUCUUUGCAUUAUUUUCUGUGCAAAAAUGUCAUUUUCUCUUACAGAAAAACACAUUUGCUGUGCAAAAAACCCUUUUUCUGCCCACACUUUUUGGGGGCCAUAAAAUGGAUUCAGUCCACCAUAAA